UGGCAUGGUCCAGAGGGGGCACAACACUAGAGCGCCCACACUUCCUAGAGCUUAAACAACCUACGGGAGAGAAAAAAGGGAAAAACAAACUAUCCAAUGGGCACAAGAGUUUGAAAGUUCUUGCCCCACAUCCGAUGGGUUGGAUGUUUUGUCCUGGUAAUUGGGACACGUAAAACAGGUUUUAUUGUUGUAUUUUCGGGGAUCCAGAAAGGCCGAUGUGCGGAGCGUCAGAGACGGUGUGGAGUGAGCGCUGCGCGAAGGGGAGAUCCGUCGACCGCACCUCCGCGAGCCAUCAGGCGUCCUAUCGCUAACACACACAACCGGCGGUUCUAUGUCGAUGGAGUACUCUUAAGUGCACUUGAUAGAGACUCUGUGACUUACUCCCCGGUUGAACUGACAGUCAUUACCGCCGUUUGGCAUGUCUAUUACACUGAGUGGGUUUGACGCGCAUUAGCCGCCUGGCUAGCGGUUUACAUUGACAGGUUAGCUCGUUAGCCGCUAAUCCAAGUGUUUAAAGUGGUUUAUUUUACAUACACCGCUGUGUAAUGCAGUCUGUGACGAGGGAGGAAGUGCUUCAUUUACCAAUUAUAUUAUAGAAACCGUUCGUUUGUGAACCGUUCGACUGUGGUGUUCUAAGAGUAUAGACAGUUAUUUGUGUAUUAAUGCUAGCGAUGUCUAUGCCCUCCGCCGAUAUGCUGGAAACACCGCCUAUGUACCCAUUUGAGGAGAUAGAGUAUGAUGAUAUUGAGGUUGAAGAGGUGGUGGGCAGAGGGGCGUUUGGAGUUGUGUGCAAGGCCAAGUGGAGAGGUAGAGAUGUGGCCAUCAAAACCAUAGAAAGUGAAUCGGAGAGAAAUGCCUUCAUUGUGGAGCUUCGACAGCUGUCUCGUGUGAAUCAUCCAAACAUUGUGAAGCUGUACGGCUCCUGCAGUAAUCCCGUAUGUCUGGUGAUGGAAUAUGCAGAAGGCGGUUCAUUGUAUAAUGUUUUGCACGGCGCAGAGCCCCUCCCUUACUACACUGCAUCUCACGCCAUGAGCUGGUGCCUGCAGUGUUCUCAAGGGGUCUCCUAUCUCCAUGGCAUGAAACCAAAGGCUCUCAUUCACAGGGACCUCAAACCUCCCAAUCUGCUCCUGGUUGCUGGAGGUACUGUACUGAAGAUCUGUGACUUUGGGACUGCAUGUGACAUUCAGACACACAUGACUAAUAUCAAGGGAAGUGCAGCCUGGAUGGCCCCAGAGGUGUUCGAAGGCAGUAACUACAGUGAGAAGUGUGACGUGUUCAGUUGGGGUAUUAUUCUCUGGGAGGUGAUCACUCGCCAGAAGCCCUUCGAUGAAAUUGGUGGCCCGGCUUUCCGCAUCAUGUGGGCUGUACACGGUGGCACUCGUCCACCUCUUAUUAAAAACCUACCAAAGCCCUUAGAGAGUCUGAUGACUCGUUGUUGGUCCAAAGACCCAUCACAGCGCCCUCCAAUGGAGGAGAUAGUGAAGAUUAUGACCCACCUAAUGAAGUAUUUCCCAGGAUCAGAAGAGCCUCUUCAGUACCCCUAUCAGUAUUCAGAUGAAGGCCAGAGUAACUCUGCCACCAGCACAGGCUCAUUUGUAGACUACACAUGUACCAGCAACAAGAAUGACAUCAACAUGGAGCACUCCAACUCACCUGGCAGCAAUGACACCAUAAAAUUUCCAUACAAACCAAAGGGUGACCCUCUAAGGCGUGGUCUCCCUCUCUCCAGAGGGGGCAGUGUUGAGAGUCUUUCUGGUAGACCACAUAUUCUGGCGUCCUCUGAUAGCAAACGAAUGAGUGCCGAUCUCUCAGAACUGGACCACAGAUCGCCCUUUGUUCCUGCAGUAACCUGUGAGCCUUAUAGACGCAGAUCAGUGCAGGAUCUUCAUGCCAUUGGGACAGAUUCUAGUCAGGAGAGCCGGAACAGUAGCAGAUCAUCCAGCCCCAGUGUGAGGAUGAUAACGCCAGACAAGACAGAUACCAAUGGCUCAGAUAAUUCCAUCCCUAUGGCCUACCUGACCCUGGACCAUCAGUUACAGCCUCUAGCCCCAUGUCCAAACUCCAAAGAAUCUAUGGCUGUAUUUGAGCAGCACUGUAAGAUGGCACAGGAGUACCUGAAAGUGCAAACAGAAAUCGCUCUUCUGAUACAAAGGAAGAAUGAGCUGAUCGCAGAACUGGACCAGGACGAGAAGAAUCAGCAGAAAGCGUGUCGUCUCGCUCAGGAGCACAAGAAGCUCCUAGAGGAGAACAAGAGUCUGUCCACCUACUACCACCAGUGCAAGAAGCAACUGGAGCUGAUUCGAUCACAGCAGCAAAAGAGACAGGGCACCUCAUGAACCCUUUUAAAACCCACCCUCCCAUCACGUAACGGAGCCAGAUUGACUUUACAAUCACAGUUCCCUUUCUCUCUUUCUCCCCGAUCCAAAUAUUGGGGUUUAGCUGUAGUUAGGCCAUGAAAAACCCUUAUUUUAAUUGUUACAGCACCCCACCCUGGCCACCAAUGCCCAUAUGCACCCAUGAUACCUUUGAAGAUGGCUACCAUAUGAACUGUACUCCAUGGUUCUGUUGACUGUGGGUCAUUUCUGCCCCUGCAAACCAUUCUGAGAUGGUUCUAAGACCAUUCAAAUUGCUCACAUGCAUGCUGCAUUACAUGUCUGUGAGGUCACAGCAGGAUAUGCAGUAGCAGGGUCACAGUUAAAGCUCUAUGGGUGUAAAACAGAUUGACUGUUGAUACAUACACAGUUCAAUAUGCUCUAUAUUGUGUUAGGUCUACAAGUCAGUUGUAAACGGCUGCUGUUUGCCAAAUGAGCCAGCGCCAGAGUGUGUGAUGGCAAAAGUUUAUUUCGAAAGGGGGAAACAAAGGGCUUGGGGGGUUAUUUGAUCAUAAAUAUGGGAAGAAAAAAAGGAACAUAUGAGGUCUUCAACCCAUGGCCCCUUUGGAAUGUCUCCUCAGUUAGGUGUUGGUCCUUUUAGAAUGUGUAAGCAAAAUGGCUUUUACGUUACAUGAAUACAAAAGCUAAUUUUAUCUUUUUAAUUAUAUAUUUUUAUUUUAUAGCUUACACUUUGUGCUACUCUUGAUUUGAACUCUAAAGCAAAAACAAACCCCAAUAAAACAAGUGCUGCAGAACGUUGCUCUUUUUUUUUUUUUUUUAUUGUUUGCCUUAGAAAGUGUUAUAAUAUAAUGUGUGUUGUAUUGAUUUAAAUGGAGCUGUCUAUCUUAUAUAUGCCUUGCAUGUUGAUCCUGUGUUUAUGGACAAACAGGACGAUCUGUGUGUAUAUGCCCUCACAAGAAAAUGCAAUAUAUGAAAUCAGCUUCCACUGAUCAACAUCCCAUUCAAUAACAGGCCCAGUUUAAAAACUGAGCCUAAACAAACAAACGAAAAUGGACUUGUGAGUGUAUGUGAUUGUGAGGACAAACAUUUUAAUCAUGACUUCAGUAUUCUUGUGUUUCUUAGCUCUUUGUUGUGAAUCUUAUAUCUAACUUUGUAUGCUAAUUUAUCCAGGGUUUUCGAGAUAUGCUUUAUUGUUUUCUUUCUGUCUGAAAGUAAGGGAAAGAUUUCUCUGUGACUUUCUCUGAGUUGCAUUUAUAUAUUUUUAGAUCACAUGAUGCCUUAGAUUUGAAUUGCUUGCAUUUUCUUGACUUAUUUUGUUGCUUUAUGGCAAUGAGGCCACUAAAAAUGUAAUUACCGUUAUAGAAACUUGAGUGAGUGGCUCUUUUCAAAGGUUUGCAUAUGCAAAUUAAUGAAAUCAAGAGGGUAAUACAUACAGAUGAGUGGCCAGAUUUUUGUCUGAUACAAAUGGUUUUGUCAAUAUGCUCCAGGAAUCACAAUAAGGGCAGUCGUCCUGUUCUUGUUUUUUUAGUUUGCUCCUUGUUUUUACCACUUAUUGUCAUCCCUGAUCUUAAAAGGAUAGUUCACCCAAAAAUGAAAAUGUUGUCAUUUGUUUAACCUCAUGUUGUUUAAAACCAGUACAGUAUGACUUACUUGCUUCAAUGGAACACAAGUUUCUAAGCGGCAGUCUCUGCCACUAUUCACUUUCAUUGCAUAGAUUAUUUUUGCUAUACAAUGAAAGUGAAUGUUGUCUGUCAUUCUGCCUAUUAGUUCCUUUUGUGUUCCACAGAAGAAGGUCAUAUGGAUUUGGAACAACAUAAGGGUGAGGAAAUUAUGACAGAAUUAGCUUUUUUUAAGUGACCUAUCCCUUUAGUUUAAGAUUUUGAAAUAGAAUUCAGAGCAGUUUUGUUCCACAAGGCCUGAAUUCCUUUAGAUGUCACACCUUUGUUUACUCUGGAAAAAUUUCCCCCAACACGUUUUUGCACAAUACAGCCUUGACUGGUUAUCACUAAUAACAAAUAAUGGUCACUUAACUCUGAAGAUCUUAAGCAGGGUAAGGAACAUUUUAGAUUGUUUUUAAGAUCUUCAAGUGAGUUCUCUGCACAUCUUGUUUUCCAAGACAUCUUUGUUGUUUUUGUUUAACAGUGAAGUGUUUUAUUUUUAAUAAAGUUCAAUGUUCCUGAUGAGUUUAUGCACUAUGUUCUGUAAAUAAGAUGUCUGAUUUCUUAAGCUAUUGGGAAUAGGAAUAUACAGGUGAAGGUUGCAUCUUGAAAUAAAUCAAACAGG